AGAGAGACAAUUACAGAUAAUGCUAUGAGCAAAAUCCUACUGUGACAGUAACACAAAUGUGGAAUGAUUUUUAAACUUAAACUCAAAUACAUAUGUAUCUAAAUUUAGCUACUUUUUGCAAACAGUCAUUUAAAUAGAAUGGGCAUUGUAAGGCUUUUAUUUCUCCAGUAUGACAUGGCUUUGUUCAAAGUUAUUUUGAGUAACACACAUACUUUUGUGUAGGUUUUACUCCUCUCCAGUUAUUUUCUUCACCCUCCAUCCAUUUCUUGUCACCUCAGCUUUCCCCUGUACCCCUAUAACUCUCUUUCCCCUUAAUGCCCCAAUUUCCGACUCAGUUUGACUUUUGACACAUUACCUCCACCGAAGCAUUACUCACACAGCACCCCCACCUCCAUCCCACCCUCCUUGACUUCCCUCCUUCUUCCAUCGUUAUAAACUCAGCACCCUCAACAGUUGGCUCAGUGUGAAGGGCUUUGCAAACAGUACAGAAAGAGAAAGGAGCAACUGGGAAACUGAGUUACAAGCAAAUCUGAUAUUUUUAAGGGAAAACAUUCAGAGCUACAGCAUGCAUACGCUCAGGAUCUGGCGUGUGCUGUGUGUGCUGGGCUUUGUGUGUGCAUCCCUGUGUGUGAAUGAAGUUGAAUACGAAGGAAACUACGCAGACAACUACGACAAUGAGAUUUCUCAGGACCGGCAGGAGGGAGAAGCUACAACCCCACCAUGCCAGGCUGCAGAUUUCUCCCGCUGGGAUAAGCUUUUCAUUGCUCUGGAGAACUCUCACAUGAGGCAGAACAUGCUCCUGGAGUCUCUUGGACAAUGCUGUGGAGGAAUGCACACAGUCAGGAACCAGGUGGACAAGCUGGUUAAAGGGACAUCCCAGGAGUAUCUAUUCAGCCUUGAGUCAGCAUGCAGGGCACAGGUGGAGCAGUCGAGUCUCAGGCUGCAAAGAGGCUUGGCGGAGUUGCAAGAGGAGGAAGCAGAGAGGGAGAGAAGGCUAAAUGCUACUUUGCAGCAGCUCCUACACAGUAGCAGUGAGGGCAACACCAGAUUGAAACGUCUGGAGGAAGUGAGCGGCCUCAGAGCGGUUCCGUCAGGAGCAGCAGACAGCAGGGUGGGACACCAACCUACACAGAGACCAGGAGGAUUUGGUGCAGCGUUUGGCUUGGGGGUGAAGCCGUUCCCAUCUGGCCUCAAGGAGCAGGAAGUGACUUCACCAUUCGACAUGGUCGCAAUGGAAAAGGCCCUGGUUUCCAUAGCAACAGAGCUGCAGAGAGUUCACCUGCAGCUGAGCAGAGUGAUAGAGCAGGCGGGAACGUUGAGGAAGAACAGAGGAGACACAUGAGGGAAAAAAACCAAAAGAUCGACAGAGGACACUCUAGUGACAAUGACUUUGCACUUUUUUUUAUGUUGGUUUUAAGGGAUUUUUUUUAUAUUUCAGCUUGUUUAUGUCUGGUGACAAUUAAUGUAGAUGUACCAUACAUGUACUGGUUUUACUAUAAAUAAUAAAAUCAUAAUAAAAAAAAGGAAUCGGCCUCGUGGAAAGGUUUCCGCCCUCCUCCCACACAGCAAUCAGCUAAUUUUCACAGCUAAACAAACCCACAC